GCCAUACAGUUUAGUGAUUGAACCGGUGUGGUUAUUCGGGGUAUGUUGUGUAUAAUUCCAAUCACAAAUAAGAUAGAAUUGCAGCUAAUUGUUGUCAAAUGCUCUUCUGCAAAGAUUUACCGCCAACAACUGUGUCAAAUGCACCGCUUUUUCGGUUUCUACAACAUAAAUACAAACUCUUGUGACUGUGAUAUCAAACCGCUCCAAUGUUGUUCGUGAGCCUCUAUCUAUUCGCCCAUUUCGUGUUUUUCCUACUAAUCCGAUCGAUCCGAAGAAUGAGCUACACCAUACUCUCUACACUACCUUAAUAUAAGACAACAAACAUCGACUUAUUAUUGUAAAUAUUAGUACUCUAAAUUAAAUUUUUU